UGUGCAAGACUAUACAAACGGGGAUUGUUCGCACAACAAGCCAAUGAACAUGCAAUGUUAGUGAAUGCGGGAAUUGAGACUAGUUGCAUUCCCGGGACACAGGAACAACCCGAAGCAAAAACUAGGAGCAAACAAAGAGCACAUUGAGCCCGAGAGAUAUAUUUAUUCAAGAUGCUUUCAUAUGAAGAUUCAAACAUCUUCGGGCGCCUUUUCGCGAAAAUGGGGAAUCUAAUAUGAUCAGGCAAAAAAAAAUGCCCGGGUUGGGCCAUCUCUUCCAGUCCAGUGAGAGUAUCUCUUCCAGUCCAGUCUUCCAUGUCUUUUGCUGAGGCCCAUGAGUCUAUACUAGAGUGAUCCAAGUUUAUCAAGGAAGGUUGAUUUCCACAGAGUCUGGCAGCAGCUAACUCAAGGUGAUAAGUUGCAACCUGAGAGUUUCCUCAGCCACGCCACUCUACACCCAGUUGGUAUACACUGCAAUGGUAUAUGGGCACAUCCUCCACAGUCAUGGGAUUGAGGAGGACCUCAUCAACCUAAAUGUGGGUGGAUUCAGGCAGAAAGUGUCCCAUGACACACUGUUGCGUUUUCCACAGACACGGCUGGCUCGCUUGCUCCACUGCCGGACUGAGGAGGCCAUUUUGGAGCUGUGUGACGACUACUGUGCGGCUGAAAGGGAAUACUACUUUGACAGGAACCCCACUGUCUUCCGCUGUGUCCUCAACUUCUAUAAAACGGGUAGGAUUCACUUAAUGGAGCAACUCUGUGUGUUCUCUUUCAGUCAGGAGAUAGAGUACUGGGGUAUUAAGGAGCAUCACCUAGGACCUUGCUGUAGCAACAGUUUCCAGGAGCACAUGGAAUACCACCUGGAGUACCAAGACUGGGACAUGACUGAUGAGCAGCAGCUCAGUAUGGACUCCUCUCUUGAGGUGCUCUCGGUCCGAGAUGAAGACCUGGAGAGUUUUGAGGGCACCUGGUGCUCAGAGGUGAGGAGGCAGGUCUGGUUGAUGAUGGAAGACCCUGGUUACUCCCGCUACUCCAGGGCGGUCAUGAUUGCUUCGCUAGGUGUGGUCCUUACCUCCAUUGUGGCCAUGUGCAUUCAUAGUAUGCCUGAAUUUCAACAAGUUGAUGCCAACGACCGGCAUGUUGAGGACCCUGUGCUUGCUGCCCUUGAAAUCGCUUGCGUUAUCUGCUUCUCAGCAGAGUUCUCUCUUAGGCUCGCUGUGGCCCCAAGCCCCAGAAAGUUCUUGGUAAGCCCCAUGAACAUUAUCGACUUUGUCUCCAUCCUUCCAUUUUACGCCACGCUGGCGUUUGAGAAGGUAGACGAGGAGAAAGAUGACCUGGAGAACGUGGGAAAGGUGGUGCAGAUCCUGCGACUGAUGCGGAUUUUCCGUAUCCUCAAACUUGCCCGGCACUCAGUUGGGCUUCGUGCACUGGGCUCCACCCUCCGACACAGUUACCACGAGGUGGGUCUGCUUAUCCUCUUUCUGUCCGUGGGGAUGUCUAUUUUCGCUGCCAUUAUUUACUUCAUGGAGAAGGAGGAGGAAGAGUCAAAGUUGCAGACUAUCCCAGUAGGCUGGUGGUGGGCCACCAUCAGUAUGACCACAGUGGGAUAUGGGGACACAUGUCCUGUCACACUGGCGGGGAAAGUGGUUGCAACUCUCUGCAUUAUCUGUGGGUUACUGGUAGUAGCCUUGCCUAUCACAAUGAUAUUCAAUAAGUUCUCCAAGUACUACCAGCGGAACAAGGCCAUGGAUGUGGAUCAGUGUGGCAAUGAAAUGGAGUCUCCAGAAGGAGACCUUCUGUACUUAAAUUUUAGAGAUAUAUAUGUUGCAAAGAUGCAUUCUUUCAUAGAGGAUGCUUCUCCCAGGGGUAGUAAAGACAUAGCAGAUAUUUGUAGUCUUCCAGACAUGGAAACUGCCAAUGAAGGUAAUAUACAUUAGCUCAUUAGCUCAUAAGCUGUCAGGGCUAGGUAUGCCACAUUUAAUUAAUUAGUAUUUUGUUUUCACAGCCUUGGUCCAUUGUAUCUCUAAGUUAGCUUAUAGAAAAUGGGAUAAAAAGUUCAACUAUCAGUCCCAUCAGGCUAGGGACAUCAUUCCACAGCAUUGAAAUAGAUUAUCCAAAUAAAUACAUUUUAAAUUGCUUUGUGAAUGUAAAUUGCUUCCUAGACUGGCAUUUUAAUAGUGCAAGUGCCUUGUGAAUGGUUUUUGCUGUGGUUUCACUUCUGUUUCUUGUCAAUACAUGGUUUGUUUGAAAAAUCAAAUUGCUGAUAAUGAACCACUUAGUGAUGAAAUAUUUAUGUACUGCACUUCAAAGCAAAUGUAUAUGCAUUACAUGGUAUACAACCAAUUUGCAGAUUUUCACAAAAGAAAAUGUCUGACUUAAUUUUAUGACAUAUCGUUGCAAUGCCUCAAUGACCCUCCCCUCAAAAAAAAUAAAACAAAUAUAUCUUAGAAAUGAAUGAGUGCAUGCAUGAUGACAGGCUUUGUGAACAUUG